UCGGCCUGAAAGCGAUUCACUCUGAUGACGUCACUCGCAGAGUUGUCAUGGCGUCUUUGGGAUUGAAGCUGCUGCUGCUGCAACUGAGCUAAAAUCUGUCGACAGUCUGUAAAUCGAAAUGGAGAAAAAUGCAAACCUGCAUCGAGACACUGACGGGAGCUCUUUGUGUGCCACGAUUGCGGGAGAGAUGGGCGAUGUUACGGCUGUCGGCGGUGUGAAAGGAACAGCCGAGAAAUGCAAGAAUAGUGAGGCUCCUCUCAGUACUUUGGUUAACGUUAGUUGUAAUAUCAGCACCACAAAUGUUAGUGCUCCCAGCGCCGAUAAUGCAAUUUCCAGUGCUGGAAAGUCUCGCGUACCAGAAGUGAUCCAAGUCCUCCCAGUGCAGGAGGAUACAAAGAACACCAACACGAGCGGGUUCGGGGAUCAGAUCAGUAACGGGAUGGAGAAUGACUCGGUGCUGGCUGCAGAAGAUAGCGAGGGUGGUGCCCCAAAGUUAGUAAACAACAAAAUCGACGGCCCGUCAUCACCUCCCGCUAAGGAGGGCACAGAUGUGCAGGCUGUGGUCGUGGCUUGUGAAGAAAGUAAACCGACAAAACUUGCCAAACCGACUAAUCUGUGUCCGGACAAUGCAAUCGCAGCAAAUGUCAAGCCGGGGUUGUCCGGUGAUCACACCUUAUCGGAGGGAUUGCCGAGUGGGAGUGACCCCGAUCACAGCCUCGGUGUAGAGUCCCGAAGCAUAGAUUCACUCGAGUCCUUCUCCAACCUCAACUCCUGCCCCAGCUCCGACCUGAACAGUGAGGGACUGGAGGACAGAGGACUGGCCCUGGCCCUGCAGGGCGAGUACGGGGCUGAUGGGACAAAGACUUCGUGUGCUAAGGACCGGGCUGCCGGCCAGUCCAUAUACCACAUUAAGUGGAUCAAGUGGAGGGAGGAGAAUACGCCGAUCAUCACCCAGAACGAGAACGGCCCCUGUCCAUUACUGGCAAUUAUGAAUGUCCUACUGCUUGCAUGGAAGGUUAAGAUGCCACCUAUGAUGGAAAUUAUAACUGCUGAGCAACUGAUGGAGUAUCUUGGAGACUACAUUCUGGAAACCAAACCUAAAGAGAUAUCGGAGGCUCAGCGGCUAAACUAUGAGCAGAACAUGAGUGAUGCCAUGGCAGUGUUGCACAAGCUGCAGACAGGUCUGGAUGUGAACGUGAAGUUCACAGGGGUGCGAGUCUUCGAGUACACCCCAGAAUGCAUUGUGUUUGAUCUGCUCGACAUCCCUCUCUACCACGGCUGGCUGGUUGACCCCCAGAUGCAAGACAUUGUCAAGGCAGUGGGCAACUGCAGCUACAACCAGCUGGUAGAGAAGAUAAUAUCCUGCAAACAGUCAGACAACAGCGAGCUGGCAGGAGAAGGCAUCGUUGCAGAGCAGUUUCUGAGCAGCACAGCCACUCAGCUUACGUACCACGGCUUAUGUGAGCUCACCUCCACCGUACAGGAGGGAGAGCUCUGUGUCUUCUUUAGGAAUAACCACUUCAGCACCAUGAUCAGAUACAAGGGCCAGCUGUACCUCCUGGUUACAGACCAAGGUUUCCUGACCGAGGAGAAGAUCGUCUGGGAGAGUCUGCACAACGUCGACGGAGACGGCAACUUUUGUGAUUCCGAGUUCCGGUUGCGGCCUCCCUCCGAUCCAGAGACUGUGUACCGCGGCCAGCAGGAUCAGAUAGACCAGGACUAUCUGAUGGCGCUGUCCCUGCAGCAGGAGCAGCAAAGCCAGGAUCUACAGUGGGAGCAGCUCCCUGAGGGCAUCAGCGACCUAGAGCUGGCAAAAAAGCUUCAGGAGGAGGAGGACCGACGAGCCUCCCAGUACUACCAGGAGCAAGAGCAGGAGCAGGCGGCGGCGGCGGCGGCAGCAGCAGCGCAGCAGGGCCAGCAGGAGCCUGCCGAGGGAGACGAGGCGGACAGAUGCGGUGCAGGAGCAGGCGGAGCAGCAGCCGGUACUGGGACGGCAGCAGCCGGAGCCACACCCAGCCCAGAGAAAAAACAGUCCUCUAGCGGGGAGCGCAAAGCCAAGAAAGAAGCGAAGGAUAAAGACAAAUGUGUUAUUUUGUAACAUACAGCGUGUCUGUGUGAGUGUGAGUGUUUUAUGCAUUUGCUUAUCUGUGAUAAGGGGACAGCAUUUGUUUCUCCACGGACUGGACACACAACGCCCAGCCCCCACUUGAUGACAAACAAGGGAAGGAGACGUUUUGAGGAGAGACUAAGAGAGGGUUUGCUGUUCCCAAACCACUGGUGCCUGCUAUCCUCUAUCCUCAGUGGAACUUGGACAUCCGAGGAAAGGACACUACAACGACGACUACCCCUGGUCUUUCAUAGAGUCGGCCAAACUUUGUUACAAGUUGCACAGUGCACUAUAUUUGUGAUGUGGAGUCAAGUUGAUUGGGGUGGUAUAUUUUAUUGCAAAAGAUAUAAUCUGAAGAAACAAAAUGUCACCCUUGCACCAUUUUCUUUUCCAAAAAGAAAGUAUCAUUAAUUUCACUCAUUUUUCAUUACUGCAGCUCAUAAACUUUUUUUUGUACGUAUCAAUAUUCACAAAACGUAUAUAGACAGACGUGCGUUUUUUAAGUUGAUGCCAAGAUUCACAUUUUAUUUAUUUAUCUGUGUAAGAGGUAUCUUUUGGGAGAGGUUUUAUUUUUUUCUGCAAACUGAGAGGGAUUUGCUCAUAAUGUUGCCUGUUGGAAAUCAGUGUAACACUAUUUGUCCCCUCCGAAACACUAUGUACCUAAGGGUUAAUUAAUGCCAGAUAGCUGCCAGACACUGUAGCUACGGAUAUUCAAUAUUCAUCACAGCUAGCCCUGUUCAGAUUUGCCUUACCAGAGUAUGGCAGUGUUGUGUUCUGCUCUGUUUGAAUGUGAAUGUGUGUUUGUUUUCAUGCGUUUGCUAUGUACAGUACACGUGCGGAAUCCUUGUCUCAUUUACCGAGCACCGCUGAUGUAACAAGUUACAAUUUGGGAAAAGCCAAAUCUUUUACGUUGUAUUAGUUCAGCUACAAAUUUGUCUCGUCUUUUAUGUUCCGAUUCUAUGUUUGUGUGUGUGUGUGUGUGUGUGUGUGUGUGUGUGUGAGACUAAGAAAUACUGCAGAAUUCAGUAAUUUCCAUGAUAUAAUAUUCUUCUAAACUAGGAAGUUCAAAUAAUAUAUGUGAUAUUGUACUACAUGUAAUAUUCUUUUCCACAAACCUGAAUCCAAACCCCAAAAUCUGUGACGUGACCCAUCACAUUAGUUUCAACUGCAGUUACAUUGUUGGGAACCUGACUUGUUUCCUGCUGUAGCUGUGUUGAGUAGAUAUUUUCUUCCGUGGGUUUAAUUCAAAGUCAAUUUUUUUUAGCCACCUUCUGUGUAGAAAUUCACCAAUGUGAAAUUCAGAGGGAUGUAAAUUCAUCAGUUGUUUUUGUGGAACAUAAGGCCAAAUAAUCAAACCGCUGUCCUGGGGGGCAUAGGAUAUACAUCGGAAUUCUGUGGUAUCACCUUUAACUUGUGUGCAUUUCACUUCAGCGUGCAAACACAUGAUGUACAUAUUUACCUAAUGCGUUCUUAUAAUAGAUUUAGCUAGUGGUUUGUGCCAUUAUUGUAGGCUACCAUGGGACUGCCUCCUGAGAGACUUUUCUAUCUAUACAUUCCAAGUGGAUGCCUUGACUCGAGCCUUCUGUUACAGACUGAGGGAGACAGUGAAAGCUCAGUGUUCAGUGAAAAUAAAUUCACUAUCCAGACAGGACGAUUACACUGAGGCAGAAGGCUUCCUGCUGUGUGGGAACCCUUUCUUAUGGGCUUCAUGUGAUGGCUGGAGUUUGAGCUCCAUGUUUGUUUGGCCCAAACAAGGCUGUGUUUUGUAUAUAUAUAUAACGCCUUACAACAUAUUUUAUAGGACAUAUAGGAUAUAUACAUGUAGGAAAGGAAACUGGCGCAUUACCAGAACGAGACAAUCCAUGCAUUUUUUUUCACAUGAACAUCAGAAAUACUCUCAGGCCUUUUGUGAAGGGACAUAUCCUCCAGUGUCUUUUAUGUUCCUUGGCCUGUAGUCACUUUCUCAGUCGCAACUUUAGGUAUCCGCUUAUGUAUACACACAACUAUUUUGACACUUUGAAGGACUUUAACACUAUAUUAUUUAAGACCCUCAUUGUUGAACUUAAUACUAAAAAACUAUGAAUUAAGCUGCUCCUGUUGUGUUAACUUGGACUACCUGAUAGAAAAUAAAAACCUUGGACAGGGUCAAGAAACAUGAAUUAUGUACACUUUUCAUUGACUCCUUAGCAUCUUUUUUUCCAUGCAGUUAAAACAAAUAACACAUACAAUCAUAAGGUAAAUGCAAGAAGGCAGAGGGGAAGCUUUCAACAACAUUGUGCUUUUUCUUUUUUUGUCCGUCUUCUGAAUUACACCUCAUUUCCAUCUCGGUCCAUCAAGUGAACAUGCUGAUUAAACAUUCCAGUGGAAGUUUAAAAAAUGUAACUUCACUGAGGGCAGUUUGAAUUUAUAUGAAAAUUUGUUAUGUUGGUUGAUGUUUGUAUAAGUAAAAAGAGUGCGGAGUGACACAUGCCACACAUUUUUAUUAUUUCAGAUUUACUAUUGUGCAUUAGCUUGCUAUCCCUAGUCAUUACUACCAGAAUUUGAUAUUUUUGUUGUAAUGUUUGUUUCACCCUAGUUCCUAAGACAAAUUGAUCAGAAGGAUAUUGUGUGUUCAAUGUCUCAAAGUGGUUUUUAUUGUAUGCCUUGUAAAAGUGAUGGUGGGGUAAAUGCUGUAAUCUUAGUGUUUUGACAAGGUGGUCGUUGAACAAGUAGUCGUCGUAAUUGGUUUUGCACUGUUACAUUGAUAUGCACUAACAGAAGAGAAACAUACCUCAUUUUAUACAGAACAUAAAUUGUGCAAGAGUGCUAUUGUCCUUUGGGUACCUUUUGAAAACUGAAUAAUGGCCAAAAGAAUUAUUUUAACAACAUGGUAGCGGUAUCUUAAACCAGCUAAAUAAUAUUAAUUUGUAAAAGUAUGAAAGGGCUGUUACAUUUUUUGGGCUUAAAAUGAAAGUACAUUUGUUAAAAAAAAUAGUACCACUUCAAUAGAACUUGCUGCAAUUUGAUAUAUUCAGGUUAGUGGUACACCUAAACCAGGCAAAAGGCUACCAGUACAAAGGCCUGAGUACCAGCACACAGAUGAGGAAGAUGUGAAUUACAACGAUAGAUGCUGUCAUUUGAUUGGUCUAACGGAAGCAGUUUUUCUCAAAGUACAGAAGAAAAUA